AUGUCAAAAUAAAAUAAAGCGAUUGAAAUUUUCUUAAGAGUUCGUCCAGCUAAAAAGACAUAUAAUGGACUUACUGUUGAUGAAGAAUCAAGUAAAGUAGAGUUUAAGAUACCUAAAGACUAGCAGUCUGGUUACAUUAACAACACUAAAGAGCACUAUGAAUUUAUAUUUGAUAAAGUAUUUGAUUAAAAAACUAAAUAAGAAAAGAUUUUUAAAAAUGUUGCAUAAGAUGUUUGCGAUUAGGCUCUAGAAGGUUUUAAUGGAACUAUUUUUGCAUAUGGUCAAACUGGUUCUGGUAAAACUUUUACAAUGACUGGUGGUCCGGAUAGUUAUGAAGAUAGAGGUAUCAUUCCAAGAACUUUAAGUUACCUUUUUUAAGAAACCAAAAAGAAAGAAGAUGCUUUUUAUUAAAUUUCUAUUAGCUAUAUUGAAAUAUAUAAUAAUUCUGGUUACGAUUUACUCGAUGCAAACCACUCUGCAAAAAAACUAGAAGAUUUAACUCCAGUUAUUCCUCGUGAAACUGAAAAUGAAGAAAUUAUAUUAAGUGGGUUGUCAAUUCAUAAAGCAUAAACUGAAGAAGAUGCAUUAAAUUUAUUGUAUAUUGGUGAUUUGAAUAGAGCUGUGUGUGAAACUCCAAAGAAUGAUGUUUCAACAAGAAGUCAUUGUAUUUUUACUAUAAUGAUAGAAAGCAGAAAGCCAAAUAGUGAUGUAAAAACAAUGAGUAGAAUUCAUUUAGUAGAUCUUUCAGGUUCAGAAAGAAUAAAAAAUACAGGUGUAGAGGGGAAAUUAGAAAAGGAAGCAAGAGGAAUUAACUUAAGUUUGCAUUUUUUAGAGCAUUGCAUUGUUUGCCUUAAUAAAAGAGCUUAAGGAGAAAAUAUUCAUGUUCCUUAUAGAAAUUCCUUGAUGACACUUAUUUUACGUGAUUCAUUAGGUGGUAAUUGUAAAACGAGGAUGGUUGCAACAGCUAGUGCAGAAGAGCCUGAUGCUCUUGAAAGUAUAGCAACAUGUAAAUUUGCACAAAGAGUAGCUUUAGUUAAAAAUUAUGCAGUUCGUAAUGAAUCAGUUGACCCAGCUGUCAUAAUAGAAAGAUUAAAAAGAGAAAAUGCUGCUCUAAAAGCUGAACUCAACAUGCUCAAGGGAGAGAAUGCAAAAGAUAAACUAGAUUCAGAUGAUAUUGAGGCUUGUAGGACUAAAGUGGAAUAGUUUCUAGCUUCACGAGAUCCUUCUCAUUAAAUUAUACUCAGUGAUAAACUAAUGAUUGAUGAAUGCUUUUACUAACUAAAGCACAAAUAUAAUGCCCUAUUAAAGAAAGGUGGUAAUUCAGAUAAUACAGUUGAGGAUAAUUCCUCAUAAGUUUAACCACAAAAAAGCUAAAACAAUCCAUCAAAAUAAAAUAAUAAUCCUCCUAAGGAAGAUGCAGCUGAUACAUCGCAUCUUUCAGAAGAAAUAAAGAGAUUAAAGCUGUUGGUUUUAUAAAGAGAUAACGAAAUUAUGAUUUUACUCAACCUUAUUAAUAAAAAUAAAGAUAAUAAAAAUGGAUAAUAACUUUCAAUUCCAGUAUAAAGAGAAAGUUAGAAUGAAAUGGCAAGCGAGUUAGCAAGCAGUAUUGUUUAAGAGCCAAAAGAAAUUAAAUUUCCUUAGUAUGAGCAAUUAAAAGAAGCAUCUUAAAUUCCUGCACAUAAGUACCAGUAAUCUGUUUCUUCACAAAAUGAGUUUUAAUCUUAGGUUUCAACUUAGCUAAGAGGUGGCGUAGCAAGCAUGGACUAUUCUUCGCAGAAAGGUGCAUUCACAGAUUUAAACUAGUCUUCAGCAUAAAAAUCUAAUACAUAUUAAACAGGAUUAGAUGUAACUGAUGCAUAAUCUAUAGUAACAUAGGCAAGAUAAGCUCUUAUACAAAAUAAGGAGAUUAAUGAUAUGCUUUUAGCUCCUCUAAAUUUGACUAAUGAAUAACUAAUGGAUAGGGCAAAUUGUCUUGAACUUUUUAGAAGAAGUUAUAGAAGAAACUAGGUCAUGGAAGAUAACAAGCUUGUACUUAAAGAUAAAUUUGAAGUUGCUAGGAAAAUGGGACAAAUCGUGAAUGCAGCAAGAAGCAAAAUAGAUUAAUUGAAAUAGAAGAUUUAGGAUUUGAGAAAGGAAAUGGCUUUAAAAGGACUUAGUAAUGAUAAUGAAGAAGAGCUUGUACAUCCUUAAGAAGGAGAGAUACUCUCACAAAUAGAAGAAUAAAAAAGAAUAUAUAAAGAAAAUUUCAAUUAGCUAAAGGACAUAAAAGCAGAAAUAGAAAGCAUUUAAAAAAUGCUUGAAAAAAAUAAAGAUAGAAUGUAAAAAGAUUUUGAAAAAUGGUUAGAAGCAAUGAUGUAGCAAAGAUAGGCUUUAACAGAUAAUGGAUAGUAAAAUGGUCUAACCCAAUCUAAUAUUAGCUCUAAUAAUAACCAAAGUAUGAUGUCACAAUAAAUGUAAUAGACUUUAAGUAAAGUACGUGAUAAAGAAGUAGAGAAAAAGCUGCAAGCUUUCUACAAAGCAAGAGAUGAAAUCUAUAAAAAUUGA